AUGUCAUCGCUGGUAUUCCUGCAGCUCCUUCUAUUGAGCCUCAGGGUCACACACAUGACCUCUGACCUGAGGGCGCACUGUCCAGAUGCGGCUCCUCUGGACCUCCUGUCUCUUGUCCUUGGUAAGGACACCUCCAGACUGAUGCCAGGGGUGCACGUGAGACCUUCGGGAGGGAUGAAGGGUGUUCAUUUUUCCAGGCCUCAGCCUUCCUCUCAGCUGCUGCUCAACUGCGAGCUUUUCCCCAAAGAUUUCUCCAUCGUGGUGACGCUCAAAGUCGCUCGCUUCGCACAUGAGAAAAGCGAGUACAUCUUUUCCUUGAUGGAGCCAAAAAGGGCAGAGCGAGGAUCCGGAGGGGAUGAAAGCAAAAAGGAAAGCUUUUUGCAUAAGAAUACAGAGAUGGACGUCCCAAGAGCGGAACAUCGGCGUCUCAUCCUGGGACUGAGGAUCUCGCGGAGCCGACUUCACCUGCUUUAUAAAGGUCAACGAGGGAUCAUAGAGCAGUCUCUGUUCCGGGCAACCCGCUUAACUGACAACCGGUGGCACACCCUGGUUGUGUCCAUUGUCGGUGGACGUGUCAGGCUCACGGUGGACUGCAGCUCUCCGCAGGAAAUCACCCUUCCCUCCAGGCCCUUCCCCCCAGACCUCCACUUCCACGGAUCCAGAUUCUACAUUGGCAGCCGAGGCAGAUGGAAAGGCUUGUUUUCAGGUCUGUUGCGACAGUUGGUUUUGGUUCCCGGGUUGGAUGCCACUCAACGGAUAUGCCCAUCUUCCCAUCCUCAACUAGCAUCUCUGUCGGUGCCGGGGCUUCUGCUGUCAGAUGAACCCGCCGCUCGGAUGGAAACCGAUGCUCACCUUAUUCCAGAUGAAACCGAGGCGAGGGUGUAUGUGGGCUUACAGAGUCCAUGCUCUGAGCUGCUUCAAGGCCAAAUGUGGUUCAGUCCGCUCAGGAAAGGUCUCUACCUUUGUGAUGGUACCACCUGGACCACCGUGCUUGAGGCUCCUAAACGACUGGACUAUGUUGUUGAACACCAGGUUCUCACCACCAGCUCAGAGACACAUGACAUAGAGGUGUUCCAGGUACCAGGUGUUGGUCUGAUGGCCGCUAUGGCUCACCGCUCCACAGCCUCUGGCUCCGCCGUGUACCAGUGGACGCAACACAAAGGUUUCCAGUUGUACCAGAAUAUCAGCACCCAUGGAGCUUUGGCAUGGAGACAUUUCAACAUGGGCAAGAAGAUCUUUCUGGUGGUGUCCAACUCCGGAGCAGGCAACGACAUUAGCAGGGAAUCAAACAGGCCGGACGUGUCUGUCAUUUACAAGUGGAACAAAAGAAAAAAACUAUUUGUGCAGUUCCAGACCCUGCAGACCCACUGCGCACGGGACUGGGAGGCCUUUAGAAUCCAUCGACAAACCUACCUUGCAGUGGCCAACCACAGAAUCGGUGAAAAAAACCACACCAUCGACAGCGUGGUGUACAAGUGGAACAGGCCGACUAAGUCCUUCCAAGUUCACCAGAAGCUGAAGACGUCAGGGGCCUACGACUGGGAGUUCUUCAAAGUUGGACCGUACCAUUUUCUGGUGGUGGCAAACGCUUUCGAUGGGGUAACCACAUCGGUAGACUCUGUCAUCUACGUUUGGGUCGAUGGAAACUUCCAGGUGUUCCAGACCAUUAAGACUUUUUGUGCCACCGACUGGGAAAUGUUCCAGAUUGGGAAAAUAGUCUUCUUGGUGGUUGCCAAUGGACACAGGCUCCAUGGUAACGGGCCUAGCGAGUACGCCAUCAACUCCACCGUCUACGAGCUGGAUGUGAACGAGCGACUGUUUGUCCGUUUCCAGGAUAUUGUCACCUACAGCGCGGUGGAUUGGGAGUUCUUCAGCCUCGGGGAGGAAUACUUUCUAGUGGUUGCUAAUUCCUUCAACGGAGAAUCGUACUCUCUCAACAGCGUUCUCUACAGGUGGCAAGGUUACGAAGGCUUUGUCCCCAUCCACUGGCUCCCAACCAUCGGCUGCAGUGACUGGGAGUUCUUUACUGCCAACGGAGAGUCUUAUCUGAUCUACUCCAGCGCCAAAGUGCCUCUCUCCAAAGUGUUCAAACUGAAAAUGUACUGAGCUCCGUACCAUAUUUAAGCAUGUAUAUCCCUUUCCCUAUCAAAAAGGCAGGGCGUGCAGCAUCCAUUUGUAUGUAUUCUCCACAAAGUGCACUGAAAAAAGUGUGGUGGUGGUCAGUAGCACAAAAAAUGUAAGUUAUUAAGAUAACGAUAAGCUACUCUGCCUAAAGCUUUGGAUAUCAGAGUGAGUGGUGUUUUGCACAUAAUUAAAUACCAUUUGCUGCCAUAUUACUGUUUGUUACUGUUUGAAGACAAAGUAUGGGUCGAUACAGGGUCAGUAAAACACACAUUGUUUACCAUCCACCAGGAUGGCCGAGAGGUUAAGGCGUUGGACUUAAGAUCCAAUGGACAAUAGUCCUCGUGGGUUCGAACCCCACUCCUGGUACAGGAUCCAUUAUGUAUGUUGUUCGGCAAUGUUUCAGCUGAAUCUGUUAUUACUAUACAAACUGCAAUUUAAUCACUAAUUGUGUAUGUCUGUAUUUCAAAAUAAUGGAGUGAGUGAUGAUGGUGCUUAAAGAGAGGAUAAAGCCGGAGAAUAACUAUUAAAAUGACAACAAUCAACAGUUUUUUGGUGCAUAAA